CGGCUAUCAAGUGAGCCAUCACAUCAUGUUAGAAAGUCGUAUUUCUAUUGGAGUAAUCGAGGGUUAUGUGCGCCCUUGUGAAUAGGAAAUACCUUAGAGGAUUUUCAAGCUCUAAGCUAACAUGCCCCUUUUCCCGAUGUAGUAAGACGUGCGUGAUAGACUUCUGAUUCACGCGACUGGUCGCUCGACACCCUGAGUGCGUAAUGUGAGCAUCUAUCAAAGGACCCUCAAGUGUUCUGUCUUCGCGACAACAGCUUUGUUUGCCAGAAACAAGUGUGAGGACCAAUCCGCUGUAACUGCUUCCCACUGAUGGAACCCGAAAGCAGUUGUGGGUGUUCAACUGAUGCCUUGCAAAUUUUGACGGAGGUUCGGAAUGUAGACGCGGUCGUGGAGUUUGAGACUAUUCUGGACCUGGUCCAGCGCGUCUAUAAUCAAGGACAAGUUAUGUUGAAUUGCAAAGCUUGUCGCAAACUUCCACCACAAACCUCCUCCUUCAUAACCAUCCCUGCCCUCACUGAUCACUGUCUUUCGCUAUUUGAGGCUGUAUGCUCAGCAUACAGCAUCACCCCCAAGAGCUGCCUUUUCGACGCGAAUAUCCUGGCAUUUGAGCAGCCCCUACCCCAAUUUAUCUGCAUUCGAAGCAAGGUGCAGCUAGGGGAAACAGAUUUGGACGAAGCCGAGACGGGGAUGUUAGUCCGAACCCUUCUGUGUCGCAAUUCUAUGAGGCUCCUCAGCCUACUAGAGGCACUUAAGGGGAUUCUUCGAACGUUUCCGACGGACAAUACACAGGUACACCCAGCUGGGGCAGCAACCCUGCGGGCGUAUGAGUCGUCCAUCCAGUCAACUAUGCAUCGGUUCGUAUCAUUCCUGGAUCAGAUAAAAGUCGAACAACGUACGUAAUCCAGUUCAUAUCCAUGUAUGAUAAGCUAAUUGCAUCAGUGGGCUAAAGAAAUACCAAGGGGUAGCCACCUUCUCAAGGCAUUGUUGGUUCG